UACCCUCCAGCAUCCGCUGCCGGUUCUGCCACGAGAGGCUCCUGUCUUGCCAAUUCAAGUAUCUGUAGAAGUGACCUCGUCGGCGCAAGCCGUCCGCGAGGUUUUCGGCGCAGACAAGACGACCAUCAACAUUGGCAUCGCAAUGAACCACGUUAACGAUAAAGAAAACCUGAACCAGCUCAACGCUACGCCGGUCCAGGUGAACGAAGUUGAGGAAAUGGAUACGCAGGAGGUUAAAUCUGUAGAAACACCAAACGACGGAGGGGGCGACGGAAACGAGACACGAGCAAUCAACGGGGAGCCCGAGCUGGCGUGUAUCGUGCAAGAUCAGGACAUGGAGGAAGACGAGGCUAGGUCUGAGGCGACCUUUCGGUACACAGUUGAGAAUGUAUCCAAGAUGAAGGAUUCUCAACUAUCACCCCCUUGUUAUGUUCGGAAUCUACCAUGGAAGAUUAUGGUGAUGCCAAGAAUGAGUCAGGCUCAGGAGCGACAGUCACAGAGGUCUCUUGGAUUCUUUCUCCAGUGCAACGGCGAGAGUGAAUCGACUUCUUGGAGCUGUUACGCCAUUGCCGAAUUACGUUUAUUGUCACGCAAGGAAGGCCAGGAACCGUUCAGUAGAAAAAUACAACAUCUUUUCUACAGCAAAGAAAAUGAUUGGGGUUUCAGUCAUUUCAUGACUUGGCAGGAAGUUUUGGAUCCUGAAAAGGGAUAUAUCAAAGAUGAUUCCAUCACGCUGGAGGUUCACGUUGUGGCGGACGCACCACACGGUGUUAGUUGGGACAGCAAGAAACACACAGGGUAUGUAGGACUGAAGAAUCAGGGCGCCACGUGCUAUAUGAACUCUUUACUUCAAACUCUCUAUUUCACAAAUCAGUUGCGGAAGGCGGUAUAUAAAAUGCCCACAGAAAGCGACGACUCGAGUAAAAGUGUAGCCCUGGCGUUGCAGAGGGUCUUUCACGAGUUGCAGUUUAGCGACAAACCCGUCGGCACUAAAAAGUUAACCAAGAGCUUCGGUUGGGAAACACUGGACUCUUUUAUGCAGCAUGAUGUUCAAGAGUUUCUACGUGUGCUCCUUGAUAAAUUGGAAAGUAAGAUGAAGGGAACUUGUGUGGAGGGUACAGUGCCAAAGUUAUUCGAAGGCAAAAUGGUGUCUUUUAUCAAGUGCAAGGACAUUGACUACACGUCGACUAGAAUCGAGACAUUUUAUGAUAUUCAGUUGAAUAUAAAGGGCAAGAAGAAUAUUGACGAGUCUUUCAGAGAUUAUGUGAGCACAGAAAAUCUUGAUGGCGAUAACAAAUAUGAUGCUGGCGAGCAUGGCUUACAGGAUGCCGAAAAGGGUGUGAUUUUUUCUUCCUUUCCACCCGUUUUACAUUUACACCUGAUGCGCUUCCAGUACGAUCCUGUCACGGAUUGUUCUGUCAAAUUUAACGACAGAUUCGAAUUCUACGAAAAAAUCAGUCUCGAACCAUAUCUACAAGCUGAAGAAGCCACGAGAGCGGAUUACACAUUACACGCUGUUCUGGUGCACAGUGGUGACAAUCAUGGUGGACAUUACGUUGUGUUUAUUAAUCCAGCUGGAGAUGGAAAGUGGUGUAAAUUCGACGACGACGUUGUAUCACGGUGUACGAAGCAGGAAGCUAUUGAGCACAACUAUGGUGGCCAAGAUGAGGAUAUGUCUAUGGCUGUGAAGCAUUGUACCAAUGCGUACAUGUUGGUCUACAUAAGGGACUCAGAGCUGAAAAACGUCCUGCAAGAGGUUACAGAAGAGGACAUCCCUCAAGAGCUGGGGGAGAGGCUGCAAGAGGAGAAGAGGCUGGAAGUGAUAAGAAGAAAGGAAAGAAAUGAAGCGUACUUGUACAUGACAGUUAACGUCCUUCUCGAGGACAGCUUUGAUGGUCACCAGGGCAACGAUCUCUACGAUCCAGAGCGCGCUCUAUAUCGCGUAUUCCGCGUCCGUAAGCAAGCUACUCUACACGAAUUUCUUGAACUUCUCAGCGACAGUUUGAAAUAUCCAGUGGAACAGAUACGGGUUUGGCCCUUUAGUCAUCGUUCAAAUCAGACCUGCAGGCCCACUCUCAUUGAACCGGAACCGGAUCUUCAGAAAGCUGUUACCGAGUGUGCAGAAACUGCAAAUCCCUGGACAGUAUUCGUUGAGCUGGUCCCUCCGGAUUCUGGCUUAACUGCACUUCCGUCUUUUGACAAAGACACUGACGUUUUAUUGUUCUUCAAAUUGUACGAUCCGAAAAAUAAGAAGAUACACUAUUGUGGCCACCAUUAUAUGCCGGUUACGGCCAAAGUUCAGGAACUGAUACCAAUUUUGAACGAAAGAGCUGGUUUCCCACUGGAUACAGAACUGGCACUAUACGAAGAAAUCAAACCGAACAUGGUGGAGAAAAUAGAAAACCUUACAGAGGCUCUAGAAAAGGUUCUUGAGGAGUUGAUGGAUGGUGAUAUAAUUGUAUUCCAGAAAGAGGAACGUGAUAUCGAAAUGUAUGAAUUACCAACGUGUCGAGAUUACUUUAAGGAUCUAUUCUAUAGGCUAGAAGUAACUUUCUGUGACAAAACAAUACCAAACGAUCCUGGCUUCACAAUGGAACUUUCUCAGAGAAUGACAUAUGAUCAGAUAGCAAAGGCAGUGGCUCAGAGGCUGGGCACAGAUCCAUAUCUUUUGCAAUUCUUUAAAUGUCAAAACUAUAAAGAUUCGCCAGGUAACCCGUUAAAGUGUACGUACGAAGGAACGCUGAAGGAUGUCGUGACCUUUUGCAAACCAAAAUCGAAGAAGAUCUUCUAUCAGCAAUUGAGUAUCCGCGUGAACGAGCUAGAAAAUAAGAAGCAGUUCAAAUGUACAUGGGUUGGCCCAUCGCUGAAGGAGGAGAAGGAAAUAAUUCUAUAUCCAAAUAAAAAUGGCACGGUUGCGACACUCCUAGAGGAAGCUAAGAAACAAGUAGAACUCUCGGAGAACGGAUCGGGACAAUUAAGGAUAUUAGAAAUCAACUGCAAUAAAUUAUUACCGGGUCCUAAAGACGAUGUACCCCUGGAUAAUCUUAAUACAUCUGGUACCAAGAUAUACAGGAUAGAGGAGAUCCCAAGAGAUGAGUUAAAUUUGGCAGAGGGUGAAAUGUUAGUUCCUGUCGCUCAUUUCCACAAAGAUGUAUACUCGACUUUUGGUAUUCCCUUCCUCUUCAAAAUCAAACACGGUGAACCAUUCACAAAGGUAAAAGACAGACUGCUAAAGAAACUAGGAGUUCAAGAAAAGGAAUUCGAAAAGUUCAAGUUCGCGGUAGUCUCGCCACCAAAGCCGCAGUUUAUCAAUGAGGAGGCGGAUUACUUUAUCAAUCUCUCUGACUUCCAGUCUCAACCAAGCCGAGAGGUUUUUUCACUUUCGAACACAGGUUCAGCGCCAAACAAGCCUUGGCUCGGUUUAGAACACGUCAACAAAGCGCCGAAGCGCUCUCGAAUCAACUACCUCGAAAAGGCCAUUAAGAUUUACAACUAAAAUUUCAUCGUACGAAGAAGAGUUGACUUAAGCAGCCAAGACGCGCGCGUAUCCCCCCCCCCCCCCCACACACAUAUUCGAGACACAUAUUACACACAGAACACGUAAUUUAUACGACUCUUUGUAAAGUAAGCGAGAGAUAGAGAGAGCGCGUAUGAGAAUGGGGCGAAGAAGAGAAAAUGAAAAACGUUGAAAAAAAAUCAAAGGAAUAAAAAGGAGAUGCGAGUAAGAGGAGAGAAACGUCUGCCACAGACAGGUGCGUGACAAUGAUUCGGGGCUAAUUUUUACAGCGUUCGAUUUUUUCGGUAACAUAAACGAGCAAUUUUAAAUAAUAUAGUAAUGAUAUUGAGUUAAAUAUUGAGAAUGAAGAAAAUGUAAAUUCAGAGUUUCGUAUACCAGAUGGAUUUUGAGACUAUGAGGGAGGGUAUACACACUAAGAUGCUGAGGUUUGGCCGGAUUAUCUAUGAUUAUUGAAUUUAUAUAGUAUCCUUUCUAUGGUUACCAAAGGUAUUACGUGCUCGUUCCCAACCAGUGAUCCUUCUCAUUUCUCUUUGUUCCAUUGAUCUUUGAUAGAUCCUACUACAUUGAUGGAUCCUCUUAUGUUUGUCUAGUACUAAUAACUGGCCAUAAUUCAGCUUUCUUAGAAAAUGAGAUUACUUGCGCAUUUAGUCAAGAGAAAAAUAUUGCAUAGUUCAUCCGCAGGAGUUAAUCGAUCUCUAAUUGUAUGCAUUGUUCAGAAUGUAGGGUAUGAUUGAUAGGUUUUCUGUAGUAAACGGAUUUGUGAUGUUCUGUAAUGUCUGAGCUAUAUUUUUUUAACGGAUAUGUUUUUUAUUACACAAUAUAUCACAUCAGGCAAGGAACAUGUGGCAGAGGUUGUUCUCCUGUGGCGUAUUGUUACAUAACGCACUUGACGUCCGGUGGCUUGUACACGAGCAGUUAUUUUCAUCCAGUGAAUUUGGUAUUCGAAAUCACGAUUAAACAAUUUCCCUGUUUUUCUUUGGAAAAGUCCUGCGUCGAUGUGGAAGCUGGAAUCUUAUGUAUCAACGUUCUCCACGUUUCGUGAUGUCGGAGAAUACCUGAUGAUUUUUUUUGCAUUUUCUGUUUACACGUUGCAUAGAUAAUUUUGGCGUGUUAAAAAAAUCGAUAAAUAAAAUGUGUUUUAGAUUUUAUUUUAUAGAAAAAGAAUAUCGGCUAUUAUUUGAAAAUGGGGAUGAUUUUGAUGACCCUGUUAGGAUUAUUCGCAAGCAUUGUAUGUUGCUUUUUUUACUUAGAUUGUUGCAUUUUCUCUAGAAGUUACUGAAUUAUCUUUUUAUCUCGCGAAUAAAAUCUUACGUCAAGCCCUGGACGCGAUAAUGCUCGGCAUAUGUGGAAAUGGCAGGGUGAUGCUGCAUGGAAAUAAUGAGGGCCGUGAAAUGAAGAGAGGAGGAAUGGAUUUAUUUAAUGCGUAAUAAUGCCUUUUAUAUUAUAAUACAAGGAAGUACGCGAGGCAAAUUUCCAGAGCCUCUAAUGAUAUAUACGAAAUAUCCCAAGCUGCCAGUGCGCGAGGAUGAACCGAGGAGAUUGUCAAUGGAUUUAUUAAUACCAUUUUGUUAUAAUAUAUAUAUUUCGUUGCCAACAACUUCAUUAAGCGAUGCUGAUGGUGAAAAAAGAAAACGAUGAUUACGAUGAGAUGUCGAUGAUAAAAUAUAAUGAUUAUUAAUAUUACAAAACGAAGCUGAAUACGUUUCCUUUCUUUCAUUCUGUUUUUGCAGAAAAUUGCAUAAAUUUAAUCAGAAAAAAGAUUGUUUAAAUUAUUGUAUGAUAUUAACAAUAAAAUAAAGCGAUCGCGCCUCGUGCGGUCUCGUCCAACUAGAUAACGUUUAGCGAUCAUUGUAACAAAAUUAAAGAAGAAAAAAGAAUUAACAAUCCUGAGCGUUCUAUGUAAUAUUAUUAUAACGAAUUUUUGUAUUACUCUGAGCUAUGUGACGCAGCAGACGGUUUACUGCUUUUGACUGUAAAUUCGAAAUUUGCAGAUCAUAAAUUCUUGAGCUUUGGCCGAAUCGCAUGCACACAUACUCAUGCGAGAGGGACAAACGAAUACGGUAUACUCAUACAUGUGCGCGUGCGCGCUAUGCAAUAUAAAAAUGCAUAAAAGAAAAGAGAGAAGAGAUGAUGUUAUAAUAAAAGAAAAACUUAAGCGAUACCAAGUAAAUUGCUAUAAUGAUUUUAAACUUGUAAAAUUAUCGCUGGCCAUGGGUGUACAAAAUUAUAAGUUUCACGGCGAUUUUAAGAAUGAAAAAUUCGCUAAUAAAACCAAAUGCUCAACUGGAAAAAAAAGGAGAAAAAAACGCAUAAACUAAUAUAAAUGCUAUUCAAACAUUCUUUCUAACUGGUCUUGAUCUUGAAGAUGAUAUUUCUACAAAGAAUUCGUCAUUGCGUUGGAUGAUAAAAAAAGUUCGAUGCUACAAUCUGUUUAUCCUUUUAGAGUAUAUUUUGCAUUGUGCAUUUUUUCUUUUUACGUUUAAAAUAUUUUUUCUUGUAUACUCUCGAUCAGUAUCGGCCGGAUGAGCAAAUCUCAGCCACUGUAAUGUGGCUUGUGCAAGAGAAACAAUAAAUUACAAAGUAUACUGGACAUUACGAAUUUUUGAAUAAUUGACUGAGUUCAUUCGGCUUUUACGCGUACCUAGGGAUGAUUACGAUUAUGCUGUUCGUGGUAUGAUAAAUAAGAAUGGAUGAAAAUUGUAUAAAUUAUUAACUCCUAGGUCGCAGUGCUUAUUCUAGUGAACAAAGAUCCAACAAUAAAGUUCUGUCCUAAGCUCCGUCCAAGCUCAAUUUGUGUGUCACCAGCCGAAACAAAACUGUUAUUUUUGUUUGCUUUAAAUUUAUACAUUCUAUUUCUGCUUAAUAAUCAGUUGCCUAUAUAUAUACUUAUUACAUAAAUAUAUCACGUGUCAAAAUUA